UGAGAGCGGUCGCAAUAUAAUUGGACCCCUCACAAAGCCCAGCUAACAAAUAAUUGAUUUUUUUAAAAACCUAGCUUUAUGUUCAAAUGCAUACGAAAUAAAUGCAGAUGUCUGUGAUGGCGGAUGGAUUACCCGCCUUCUAUGUCGUAUUUCCGCCUUUUACCCAGUGCAUGUUCCCGUGAUUUUGUCCUAACUGAGAUUCAUUAAGUGUCCGGACAAAAUAUGAAUGUGGAUAUAAUCUUGGAACAGAUUUUCUUCCUUGUAAUCGUCUUCAUAUCGGAUAUUGCCGGGGAGGAGACGUUCUGUGAGAACAGACAGGAUAAAUUCCCCUGUGAACAUGGCUGCUGUGGCGACUAUAAAGACCAGCACUGCUGUUCCUUCGCCGGUCUUAUCGUCGGCAUUAUCAUCGGAGUGGCGCUCCUCAUCGCUGUCAUCGCUGGAAUUGUGUACUGCUGGCUUAAGAAACACUGGCGGAAGGAAUCGUGUCCUCCGGUGUCGGUAUCUAGUCACAACUGCAGAGGAGCAAACGUCACGGUGCUGCAUCAGUCCAGGACGAUGGCUAUCACCACAGGGUCGUCGAAUCACAGUCCGGGAUUUUCCCCCUACGAUUUGACUUUUAAUCAACAAUUUCCGCCGCCUUACAGUGCGCAAGUGCCCCCAGCCCUUAAAUAUUCUCCGCCCCCUUAUUCUCAGGCUCCACCCCCGUACUCAUCUAAGACCCCCUCACAACGAACGACACUACACAGUAUUGGGAGUGAGAGUGAAAUAGCCGUCCCCCCAUCCUCCGGAAAUGGACCACCGCCUGUCUCCUAUUGAUAGCUCAUGUAGAAAAAUUAGGAUCCGCCCGUGUCUUAUUAAUAUCUCAUAGAGAAAAAAUAAGGAGAAAAGGACCAAAUGUUUACUGAAAAUUUAUAUAUAAACAUGUGAUUUUUUUAGAACAUAUGUGUACAUGUACUUAUUGUUUAUGUUAUGUGCUAUUUUUG